CAGCCUCAUCACACCUCUUUGACUACAGCUCCACUGCCAACGGGGGCGACAGCUCCUUCUACACCUCUCUGAUCUCGGAUGUCCACUACACCACCCCGCGGGACUCUACCUAUUUCACGGGCAUUUAUCAGCAAGAAAACAGCCCCGUUCCCUGCUCGGGCAGCACAGAAGGGUUUAACACUCUGGGGCAUCCUGUUCAAGAUGUGACUGGGUUUGAAUCCCGUGGCUUGUUUAGCUCAGAUUCAGGAAUAGAGAUGACUCCUGCAGAGUCUACUGAAGUCGAUAAAACCUUAGCAGAUCCCAUGAAAGUAGAAGCUUAUAAAUACAUGGACAUAAGUAGAUCAGAAGAAAUAAAAUACCAAGAAAAGCAUGACCCUGACUCAGAAGAUGAAAGCCCAGGCCUUAUUGAUAAGUACCGGGGAAUACCCACCAGGUCCAGCCACACUGCACAGACGGCUUUGGAGAGCACGAAGGCAGCCAAAGAGCAAAACCUACUUGAAGACACAAAGUCUGGAGAUCAGCAUAGUGCCUCCGUGGUUACAGCCCCUGUCAAGAUCACGCUCACCGAGAUAGAAAGCGCUGGGGAAGCUGCCAGCAAAGAGUCAAGCCCAACUCAGCCGGAGACCGGACUGAAGCCAAGCCACGAGGUGGUACCAACGGUGACGGUCUCGGAGCCAGAAGAUGACAGCCCGGGGUCUGUCACGCCACCGUCCUCUGGCACAGAACCGUCCGGCUCAGAGUCGCAGGGCAAAGGCAGCCUGUCGGAGGAUGAACUCAUCAGUGCCAUCAAGGAAGCAAAAAGCUUUUCCUUUGAGACCCCAGAGGUGCAGCGGUCACCAACCCUUUCUGCUGAGAAGAGAGACCAGCGGGUCAAACCUGGGCACCCUGCCGUCUCCUCACCCCUGGAUAAUGAAGCCAGCAGCGCUGAGUCGGGGGACUCGGAGAUCGAGCUGGUCUCGGAGGACCCACUGGCUGCCGAGGAGGUGCUGCACUCCAACUACAUGACCUUCAGCCACAUCGGAGGGCCCCCUCCGUCGCCAGCCUCCCCCUCCAUCCAGUACAGCAUCCUGCGGGAGGAGCGGGAGGCUGAGCUCGACAGCGAGCUCAUUAUUGAGUCCUGCGAUGCCUCAUCGGCCUCCGAAGAGAGCCCAAAGAGGGAGCAAGACUCCCCUCUGAUGAAGCCCAUGGUCAUGGACAUUAUCAAGGAAGAGAAUGGCUCACGCACUGAUGCCUCAGACUACGAAGCAAGUAAAACAACAGAGAGCAGGAUGAACAGGGAAAACCUGGCAGAGUCAGCAUCCUACCUGAAAUGUUCCUUUGUUGCCCCAAAAGUAGGUGCUGAGCCCCCAACCUCCGCCGUCAGCACCGAGGAGCUGAAGGAAAGAAUAAUCCUGAAGAAACCCAUCGAAGAAACUGUUGUUAACCAAAGUAAAGUGUCUUCCAAGGACUCUGGCAAAAGAAGUCCAUUGGCUUCACCCCUACUGCCGUUUUUAAAUAAGCAGAAAGCUAUCGACCUCUUGUACUGGCGUGACAUCAAGCAGACAGGGAUCAUGUUCGGCAGCCUCCUGUUGCUGCUCUUCUCCCUGACCCAGUUCAGCGUCGUCAGUGUCGUGGCCUACCUGGCCCUCGCCGGCCUCUCGGCCACCAUUAGCUUCAGAAUCUACAAAUCCGUCCUACAGGCUGUGCAGAAGACGGACGAGGGCCACCCUUUCAAAGCCUACUUGGAGAUGGAAAUGAAUCUUUCACAGGACCAGAUUCAGAAAUACACAGACUGCCUCCAGCUAUACGUCAACAGCACAGUUAAAGAGCUGAGGAGACUCUUCCUCGUUCAGGACCUUGUGGAUUCUUUAAAAUUUGCAGUACUAAUGUGGCUGCUGACUUACGUGGGAGCCCUCUUCAAUGGCUUGACUCUUCUGAUAAUGGCUGUGGUGUCUAUGUUUACUUUCCCCGUUGUAUAUGACAAGUACCAGGCACAGAUUGAUCAAUACUUGGGACUGGUGCGGACCCACAUAAACACUGUUGUGGCAAAGAUUCAAGCUAAAAUCCCAGGUGCUAAGAGAAAGGCAGAGUAAAGCAAACUUCAAGAAUUCAUCAACUACAGUAGUGAAUAACAGGGGGAAUCUGGAGUGAAACAGCUCUGUUCUUACACUUUACUGCAAAUUUAUCGUUCUUUUUUUUCUUGACACCAUAAUCUUAGAAACAUAAAACUCGGAAGCAGUGCUUUUCCCCUGCUGCUUCUGCACUUAGAAUAUUUGCAAUCACUUGUGUCAAGCACUAAAGUAUAGUAAAGAGAAAAGUGUACUAGAUGUGUUUUUUUGUGUUGCUUAUAAAGUGCAUGAUGGUGAGAGCCUAAAUAAUAUUGACCUUUUUUAUUUUAUUUUUUUAGUGUUUUUCCUUCUUCUAUUGGCAUUGCUUCUAUAACUUUUAAUGUUACAUGUGGCUAGGGGCUUUCCUGCUUAGCGCACUGACGCAAUAGUUAAAAUUGCUUCUACGUCACUGGGUUGCUGGUUGGAUUCAUCUUUAUUAACUAUAUAGAAUUGUAGACUGAUGUUUUAGUGUUUUCCAGCACAAAUAAAAUAAACAGUAAUCGGUACUUAUGGUAAUCAGUUUUGUAUAACUCAAAAAAAUGAAAACAAAACCCAGUACUUUUGUCGUAAGGGAUUGACAGGCUGAUUUACAUGUAUGGUAACUGGAAAGUUCCAGCAUGUUAAAUUUAUUACAAUUUGUAUUACAUUCUCUGUAGUUCCUAAUGGACUUAAUUAUGGACUCUGAAUAUUUGCACUUAUGUACUUGAUACCGAAUGCAGAAAUAAAUGUUACUAAAUGUAAAAA